AUGAGAAAAGUGCUUCAGCCCCAGAGCAUUCCCGAUCCGCGGCCGCGUUACUCGCAGGGCAUUCUCGCCGAAGGGAAACGCCUGCUCUUCAUCGCCGGCCAGACCGCGGUGGACGCCGACAACAACGUCGUCGGCAAGGGUGACGCCGCGGCCCAGGCCGAGCAGGUGCUCAAGAACAUGAAGGCGGUUCUCGACGAAGCGGGUGCCAGUUUCGCCGACAUCGUCAAGAUCACGACCUACAUCACCGACCCGCGAUUCCGGGACGACCUGAACCCCGCCCGGCUCAAGUAUUUGGGCGACAACCCGCCCGCCAGCACCCUGGUGGUGGUCGCCGGCCUGGCCAACGCGGACUAUAUGGUGGAAAUCGAGGCGAUUGCGGUGCUGCCGGAUUGA